AGGAGCCGCUCGAGCGAGGGCGGGGCCCCCCGCGAAGCGGCGAAGGGGCGCGGCGCCCGCUCGCGGGGCCGCCCGCGAUGGUGUCGCUGGUCCGGCCGGAGGCGCUGCAGCGGACGCCCUCGUGGGAGGACGGCGUGUCCCGGGCCGCCGAGGCGGAGCUGCGCGUCUUCGGGGUGGAGCUCAUCCAGCGAGCCGCGGCGCUGCUGCGGCUGCCGCAGACCACCACCGCCAGCGCCGCGGUGGUCUUCCAGCGGUUCUACUUCCGGCGCACCCACGGGGUCGCGCCCCCGUGGGCUUGCGAGGGCAAGGGAGGCAACUUCGCGACCAAGAUGCAGUGUCGCCACUGCUUCGCCCCCGCGCCGAAGCACAUCCCGGCGGCCAUCACGCGUGCUUCCCGCUCCUCACCGGUGCGGCGACCGUGGCAGAGGGCUGACCCCCCAGCUGGGGGCAAGGCCAAGGGCAAGGGCAAGGAGAAGGGGGACAAGGGCAAGGACAAGGGCAUGGCUGGUCCCGCUCCUCGCGGCGCUGCUGGCACUGCUUGGGGCUACUUCGGGGCUGGCACGGACCUGCUCAAGUCUAAGGCCGCCGAGGCGUCCGACCCCAUCUCAGUGCUCGACAAGUCGAUUGGCACGCUUGAGUCCCUCGCCGACCCCAGCCUCGGCCCCAUCAUCGAGGCCAAGCGGGCGGAGAGGGCAAGUCUGGUCGCCCAGAAGCGGGCAGGCAAGCCGCUGCACCUUCAGCUGCAGGCUUUGGAGGGCAAGAUGGCCGCCGCCCAGCGCAAGCUCGCGCGCCAGCGCGAUGAGGUCGUGCCCGAGCUGCAGCAGCGCCUGGCAGAGGCCCAGCGGGUGCAGGAGGCGGCCUGUAAGGAGCUGGAGCAGCUGCAGGAGGAGAAGGCUCAACUGGCCAGGCGAGUCGUGGCGGAGGAGCAGGCCCCUGCGGGGGCAGCGGGUCCUCACGGCGGUGGCCCACAUUGCGGGCAGGCGGUCAUCAGCAAGCUCGUGGCCAACCUGGGGAAGUUGGUGGGGGACACCGAGGGCGACGGCGACUCGGUGCCCAAGCCCCUCGUGGAGUCCCUUCAGAGCUUGCUCAAGCUGGUCAAGUCCUCGGCCGACGGCGAUGGUGACGCAGUGGAGGAGCAGAAGCGCAAGCGUGACGAGCUGGUGGGCCAGUACCUCAGCGGGCUGCCCGAGGAGGAGCGCGCCGCCAAGCGGGCGGUGCUGGGGCGUCGCUUUGAUGGGCCCACUGGCCCGCCCUUGAUCGACUGGACCACCUACGGGGACGGCCAGUUCUGGAAGGGCGAGGACCGCCACCACGAGGAGCCGCACGGGGUCGGCUUCCCUGAGGGCGGCGGGGGCGCGCACUCUGGCCAGGACGUCGGCUACGGCGCGCCCGCGGCCAUGGAUAGGCGACUUUCGCCCGUCGUGCCCAUCGCUCCUCAGGCCACCUGCUUCGAGGGCAGGUCGCAGCACGUGGGGCGUGACCCAGCUGAGCAGCCUCAGAGGCGCCGACGCACGCGGCGAGGAGACCGUCACGUCAUCGCAGCCACUUUCAAUGCUAAUCUCUCCUGGGCUCGAGUCGAAGAGUUCAUGGAAGAAGAGAUCGAGCAGAUCAUCAAGAGAGGUGGCGUCCCCAUCGUAGCGGUGCAGGAGCACGCGAAGCCAGCAGAGUGGUUCAACGUUACCGCAGCGGCGCAAGAGCGACGUGGCUGGCGAGUUGUGGGGGCGCCUGCCGUGCGCGCGGCGGAGGGCGGCCACUCGGCGGGGGUGGCGCUGAUCACACCGCGCUGCCUGAGCCUCAGCCUGGCGCCGGGCCAGGCGUCGUGGGACAUCUCCCCCGCGGGCGCCGCAGGCAGGCUGUGCUUGGCCAUGACCGAGGUCAAGGGCAUUGGGUGGAUGGCCCUCCUCUCGGUUUAUUUGUUCACGGGCAAGCCAGUCACCUGGGCUCCGAACGCGGCCCUGCUGGACACCAUCGUUCAUUGGGUCUGCCAGAUGAGGAUUCCCUGGAUGCCCAUGGGCGACUUCAACAAUGAGCCGCGCGCCAUUCUGGACAGCCCCUGGAAUCAGGAGGCUAAAGGCCAAGUUCUGGCCUGGCAAGGGGAAGGAGGCACUUGCAGGUCCAAGGUGGUCAAGCAGGGCGUCGAGGAGUUUAAGGAUCGGGUCAUCGACUUUUUCUGGGUGGAUGCGAGGCUUGCAGUGAUCUUUUGCCCAGUGAAGUCUUUGGAGAACAUGCCCUGCAGGCCGCGCAGGCCGACUUGGAUCCGCGCCGACAAGCCCUGGCACGCGUGCCAGAUCCAGGUUCUCAAGGGCCCCAAGCAGUACCCCAUCACCAGGCCGCCGCCAGUCAGGCAGCCCGAAAUCCCGCAGGGCUACCCCAAGAUCAACCUGCUCCACGGCUCCCAGCAGCACCUGGACCAGUGCUGGAGGGGGUUCUGCUCUGCAGCUGAGGCCGAGCUUCGAUCUCUGUUCGGUUGGACGGAGUUGGAGGCACGCAGGUAUGAAGGCCGAGGCUUGACUCCCGAGGUGGUGCAGAGACAGCUUCUUCCGAAGCAUGACAGCCCAGUGGCCGAUCGAGGUCCUGCCAGGGCCUGGCGCUGGGCCGCGGGAGAACUGGCCUGGAUAGGCCAACUCGUCUGCUGUGUCUUGCGGGGCCAGUCUGUGCCCAUGGCCAAGGCGGAGGCCUCUGCAGGCCAGAACACCACCUCGGGAGAAGGGCCUCCUCGAUCCUACAACGAGGAGGUAAAGGGCCAGCUCAGACGGGCCUGGAGGAAGCUGUUCCAGGCGAGGCACCACUGGGACCAGAUGGAGCCCUGGAGCGCGGGGUUCCUGCCCACGCUGCGCAUCCUCUCCGACGUGGAGCCCCACUUCAUGGGCGCGCAGGCCAUCUUCGCGCUGCAGCAGUUCGCCAAGGUGAGGGCCCAGACCUGGGAGCAACACCUCAUGCGGCAGCGGUCCAAGCGAGUCUACGAGCGCCUGAGUGCGAAGUUCCCAGGCUCGGGGGGGUACCUGCACCGCAUCUGCCACUGGAAGCAAGCGUGGAAGGAGCCCAUCUCGUCGGCCAAGAAGCGGAAGUUACCAUCGGAUCCGCAGCUCGCGGUCAACCAGGAGGCGCAGGAGUGGGCUGGCAUCUGGCGCGCUGGGUCAGGUGACUACACCAAGUUGUGGCAGGACGCCCAGGUCCAGGCCCAGCGGAUGGCCCAUGUGCAGGAGCUGCCCAUCACCGACGCGGUGCAGGUGCGCGCAAUUUGCCGCAGCUACAAGUGGAAGACGGGGCUUGGGCUUGACGGCUGGCACUUCGGGCACCUGGCCUGGCUCAGUGACGAGGCCUUGACCAGCCUCGGGGACAUCCUCAUGUUGUGUGAGCGGCUCUGCUCGUGGCCCACGGCCAUGCGCAUGCUUAUCCUUUUCCUGGUCGCCAAGGAGGACGGAGGCGGCAGGCCCAUCACCCUCUUUCCCACGCCAGUACGCAUCUGGGAGGCUGUUCGUGAUCCUUUGGUUCGGCGAUGGGAGCGGGCACACGUGAGGCCCUACGACUGGGCAUCACCAGGGCGCAGCAGUGAGCAUGCUGUUUGGAGAGCGAUGCUGGACGACGAGGCCCUGGAAGGUACCUGUUUUGCGUCACUCACCGCUUUGGUGGAUUUGGAGAAGGCGUACGAAUAUGUUGCACUAAAUUUGAUUUGGAUUUUCGGCUUGGUGCAGCAUGCACCCAUGAGUGUCUUGGCCCUCUCACUGGAGUCGUACGCUUUCCCUCGGGCGGUACGAAAGGGCCACGCCGUCGCCGACGCCAUCUGCACCUACGUGGGGCUGCCCGCUGGGUCGAAGUAUGCCAGCCGCUUCCUGAAGAUUGUGCUGUAUCCGAUACUGGACGUCGUGGCCCGAUGGCCAGGCGCUAAGCUGGAGAUCACCAAGUUUGUGGACGACCUAGCCUUGCGGAUGGUGGGCAGGAACACACAGCUGAAGGUGAUCUUCCCCGACCUGGCCCGCACCCUCAUCCACCUCCUGGAGUCGUUGCUGCAGCUCGAGGUCUCGAAGGGCGAGGGAGGCAAGUCGAAGUUCGUCUCCAGCGACGUCUCUUUGGCACAGGAGCUGGCUCAACCCAUGGCGGACAUCGGCCUUCAGCACGGCGAGAGCGAGCGAUGGCUGGGCGUGGACUACCAACCCCAGGGCCCUCGGAAGAAGGCCACAAGAGCCAGACGGUUUAAGACUGUUCGAGGACGCUGGCACAAGGCGGCGGCCCUCAAGCGACGAGGGGUGAGGAUACGCCCUGUGGUGCAGCAAGGCCUCAAAGCGUCAGUUGCGUAUGGGGCGACCUGCGCUGGCACACCUCCUGCCGUUCUCAAGUUCGUCAUGGCCAAGGCAGCUGCUGUGCGCGCGGGGGCUGGGACCUUUCGUUCGGGCACGUUGGGCUGGGCGAUCGCGCCGAGGACGGACGGCGCCGAGCAGCUCAGGCUCGCCCCGCUUCGGGCAUGGGCACGCGAGGCCUGGGAUCAGCCCGAGAGACGGAAGGAGAUGGCCCACGCGCGGGGCCGUCAAUGGCCCAAGGUGCAGCGUGCCCUCACCUAUGGCCCCGCCAAGUUCGACGCCUGGAAGAUGGUGAGGGGGCCAGCCGCUGCCACCAUACUGACGGUGCACGAGCUGGGUUGGCACAUGAAGGACGCUUGGACCAUCCUCGACGGCGUGCACUGCAAGUGGGACAUCCGCGAGGUCGCCCCCCUCGAAAUCUUGCGGUCGGCAGAGAGGGCGGUCGCAAAGAAGAAGCUCAUGUAUUGGGUGCUCGCGGAUGAGGAACGCCAGCCGCUCCGACCCGCCCCCUUCCUCUUGCCAGUCAAGCAGCUCAUGCGCUCCAAGCCCACGGGGACCUGGACAAGGCACCACAUCAACAGUGUCAGGACGGUCGCGUUGGGAGGCUACCCUGUUCAGACCGUGUGCUACGAGCGCGGCCAGGUCACGAGCCCUCUGUGCCCUCUGUGCGGCAAGAAGAGGGGCACCUUGCUGCAUGUGUAUUUUCUUUGUGAUGCAGAUGUGCGCGUCACGAUUCGUGAUGGGCUCACGGAGCCGACGCUCAAGCACAGUUUUCGGGACGUGGUGCAUUUGGGCGAGACGGCCGCCACGAAGGAGGAGCAGGGCUGCAGGGGCGGCGACGCGCUCUUCUGGAAAUGGGCUCGCGGUCUGAUCGCGGACCCCGUGGCCGACUACCAGGUGCCCACGCCGCCCGACGAGUGCCAGUGGGGCGACCCCGACGGGGAGAUGGUCCUGUCGGGCUGGGUGGCCACGGACGGGCGCGUCCUGGCCCCCGACGUGGAGGAGGUCUCCACGGGAGGCUUCGCCGCCAUCACCUGGAGCGCGGAGAAGAAAAGUGAGGUUCAGUCUUUGUUCGGAGCUGUUCCAGUUGCGAGGCCCACGUCGGCCCACUGUGAGAUCUGGGCAGUGUACCAGGGCAUUGCCGCCCAUCGGUGGCGGAAGCUCUAUCGUGAUCGAAUCCUGGACGGUAAGAAUCCGUACACGGGAAAGCCCGUGCGGGAGCAGUUCGAGAGGGCCGCGCUCGCGCCUUCCAUGUGGCCCUGGCUGGCGGAUCGCGGCGCCAGCCUCGCUCUCGGCUACCUCGGGCGGUGCCCUGCUGCGGCGAGCUGCCCGCCCUGCCCGAGCUGCAACCUCGCCUGCGCGCAGGUUGUGUGCCCGGCCGCGCCGCCGUGCCCGCCCUGCCCCGUGGGGGCCUUCUCGGCGGCCGCGCCCCCGGAGGUGCCGGCCGCCCCGCGGAGACCUCAAGCGCCGCCUGCGGGGCCGUGCCCGGAGCCAGCGUCCUGCGCGGGCGGGUCUGGAGGCUGGUGGCUCUUCCUGCUCGGCCUCCUCGCGGGCGUGCUCCUCAGCGUGCUCGCCCGCGCCGCCUGGCGGGCGGCGGUGGCUUCCGCCUGGGCCCUCGUGGCUCCCCGAGCGCGUCCAGCCGACGCGCCGGCCCUGGCGGACGAGCCGCCGGCCGCCGCCGUCGCCCCUGCGGGGCUCUCGGAGUGGAUCUGUUCGACGCCAGAUCUGAACAUCCAGUUCAUCGACGUCACGACGCACCGGGUGAUCCCGCUCACGCGGGACUCGGAGUUCCCUCGGCGGGCCAGGGGCGAGGUCUACGCCUUCGACCCUCUGACCCCGGAGGAGCUCCAGCAGGUCCGCAAGGAGGCGAAGGAGCUGCUGGCCGUCUACGGGCUCACCGGGGGCGCGGACGCGCAGCCAGAGGGCGGGCUGUGGCUGAUCGCCGACCCAGCCCACCCGGGCUUCGGCGACGCGCUCCCAGCCGCGGCCCUCGCCGACGGGGACAGCCUCAUCAUCCGUGGCGACCGCGGUCUCGCCUGCGUGGACGAGGACUGGGUCGCCGUCGAGAGGGUGCUGGACGAGGACCUCGACAACUGGCGGCUCCUCAAGUCGACGGGCGCUGGCCGCGAUAGCAGCAAGGCCCUUCGGCCUGGUUGGCGUUUCCGCGGCGACGCCUGCGCUCCCGAGCUCGUCAUGGCGCUCGUGGCCGCGGGGAUCGUGUUCAUCACGCACCACCUCGACUGGAGGACGAAGUCGGGGGUCAGCACCACGUCGGGCGUCUGCAGGACGCACCGCCGCAUCUGCGAGGGCCUCGACCAGGCCAUCUGCAACGACCAGCUCGACUUCGCCAACUGCGCGGUCAUCGAGCACCUCGCCCGCUGGCUCUACGAGGUGGAGUCGGCGGUCAGGAGGAACCCCAAGGUGCCGGACUUCGCGAACAUCGGCGGCAUCUUCGCGGCGCCGAUGGCCGAGGACGGGCGCAUGCAGCUGCCGACCUUCUCCAAGUGGGUCUCCUCGCUCCGCCGCGACGAAGCCCAGAUCAUGAAGCAGGAGCGGCUCUGGAGCGAGGGGCGCGGGUUCGACCGCGCCAAGCGCAAGGGCAAGGGCGGCAAGGGCCCAGGCGCGGUGGCGGCAAGGGCGAUCUGGUCGCUGAGCGCCCUCGACGCCCCAUCGCGCGCCCUUCGGGCGCACCGGCCUUCUUCGAGCCGCCGCCUCUCGGAGGCGCAGCGCUCGAUCAUCGCGCGCGUCAGCCGGCGCGUCGAGAACCACGGAGAACGGCCCGACAUCUUGCCUUCUACCGCCUACGCCGACCUCAUCAAGAGUCACGACCUGUACUCGGGGCAGCCGAUGAACCUGAAGCCGAGCUCCGCGGCUGCCUGGGGACAGGGCCGGAGGUAUCUUGACAACGCCGACGAGCUCAUCUUCAGGACUGAGGCCGAGCUGGGCGCCCUCCAGGAGAGCGAGCUGAUCCAGCCCAUCGCGCCGUACUGGGACCCGAUCCUCAAGAACAACCGCCGGGCCAGGAUCGACUUCAUCAAGCGCCUCGCUUCCGUGGGCCUCGUCGGGUUCGGGCUCUCCAUCCGUGGCCGCGUCGGCGCCUUCUGCGUGGGCAAGAAGGGCGGGUUCUGCCAGUUCGCGAACGACGACCUCGCGGACUGGUUUGGGUUCAACUACCCGGAGGCCGCGCCCGACUUCGGCGACCCGCUGGUGUGCAUCCCCGCCGACGUCCGUUUCGUCCAGGUGUCGAGCGACGCCCGGAUCUUCGCGGUCUUCCGGGGCGUCCUGAUGGGCUGGUCGUGGUCGCUGUUCUUCUGCCGAGAUCUCCUGGGGGAGGCCCAGUGCAAGGGCCUCCUGAGCCUGGGAUGCGCUGACGGCAGCCGCCUGGUGCACGAGCGGCGCCCCGCGCCCUUGCAGGCGCCCGGCCGCCCGCUGUCCCAGCCCUACGUGGACGACGCCAACGUCAUCGGCCUCCACUUCAGUGACACCGAGCACGCGCUGCGCGGCAUUCAGCAUGUCCUGGACUACCUGGGCAUCGACUACCACGACUUGGUGGAGCCCGCGAAGCUAUGCACCACGGUCGGCGUCGUACUCGACACGACCGCCGUGCCCUCCGUGUCGUGUAUGGCCACCUGGUCAACCACCUGCGGCCGGCGCUCGCGGCCGGCGCUCGCGGCUUUGGAUGAGGGGUGCCGUUUCAUCGCCCAGCGCCUGGACGAGCGGGCCCCCCUGGGCCGCCACCUGCUGGACGAGCUCCGCGUGGUGAAGGGCCUGCUGAUGCUAGCCGACGUGGACCUCGCCGCCCCCUGGUCGCGCGUCGCCUACUGCAGCGACGCGUCGGGCGGCGAGCUGCGCGACUGGACGAGCUGGCCCUUCGCCGUCGCGGGGAACGGCGGCUACGCCCUCCACGAAACGGCCUGCGCCGACGACGAGGUCAUGCAGGCCUUCAAGUACCGCAAGCGCUGGAGGUUCAAGAUGGCAGAGGAGGAGCUGGUCGCGCCUGGGGCCCCGCGUGACGGGGUCCGCGGCUGGGCCCCCGAGCCCGCGGCCACCUCCGACCUGCUCGUCGCCGGCCUCCUGGCGCCCUGCUCCAAGGCGUCGGUGAUCGACCGGCGCCUCCCUCGCGCGAGGGCCGUCAUUGUGCAGGGUGCCGUGCCAGCCCUGGGCGACUCCGUCGGCGGCCUGGGCGACAACAUGGCGGCGCUCCUCAGCUUCGAGAAGGGGCGCGCCUGGGGCAAGGCCCUCCUUCAGCUGUGCCUGGUCAGCGCCGCCUGGCAGAUCGGGUGCGAGAUCCAGGGGAAGCAGCGCUACUGCGAGUCAGGCCGCAACCCUACGGACGCCGACAGCCGUGCAGCUGACCUGGGGCACGUCCUACCUGACCACCCCCAGCGUGGCUGCCAGCGCGCCCUGGCCGACAUCGAGUCGGCCAACGCCGGGCUGGCGGCGGUGCCUCCGGGGCCUCCCGCCCGCGCGCGCCGCCCAGCGCCCGGCCAGCCGCCGGCCUUUCGCCCGGCGAGGCGGCCGCGCGUCUGGCUCGGGUCGGCGCCCUCGCGCGGCGGAGGCCCCGUCGGGCGGGCGCGCCCGCCAGGCACCCAGCGCCCGAGCCGCCUCGCGCUGCCCCGCGGGCCCCGCCGCGCGUGCAGCCGAGCCGGCGUGCUCGGCCCCAGCCGCGGGCGGAGCUCCCGCGCCCGACCGCGGCCGAGGCGCCUCGUCGGGGCCACGUCCGACGCCGGGCAUUUUGCGAGCUCUACGCGGGCACCGGCAGGACGGCCCCAGGACACCGCAGACCCCCCGACCAGGCCCCCGAGAGAUGCCGAAGAAGCCCUGCAGGAGGCGCGGGAGCAGCUUGCCCUCGUCGACGGCAAGCUAUGUGAGGUGUUGUCCGCCGAGGAGGUGGAGAUCGCGAUUUGGCCGUUCGUGAGGCACCGCCACGCCUACUUCAGCCGCUGGGCCGCCGCCCGCCGUCGGAUGGUCUGCGCGUGCAAGAACUGCGGCGGCCUGUUCCACCUGCAGCGGAACGGCAUCGGCGAAGAGGUGGCCGCCGUCUACGCCGCGCCUGGCGGCCCCCCUCCGCCAGUGCCGGCGACCGCGCUGCUGCCGCUGCGGGAGGAGGUCGCAGCUACCCACCACGGCGUCGCGGCGAAGAUUGCCGCUGGGGCCUCCGCCAUAUCCCUGCCGGCGGGCAUGGCUCGCCCCGCGCUCAGCGGCCGCCUGCUGCUGGAGGCCGCCCUCGCCGCGCCCGCGGGCGGCGGCGCCGUCGUGCUCCUGGCCGAGGAGGCAGAGCUCCGGAACGUCGCGGCCUGGCUUGCGAGUUCGGCGCCCGCCCAGCAGGUGCGGUGGCUGGCCGUGGACGCCUGGAGCCUCCGCCAGACAUUGGGCGCGCGGCCAGUGCUCCUGGGUACGCCCGGCGCCUUCGAUCGCCUGGUGCGGAGCGGCCGCGCGUCGCCCAAGGACGCGGGCCUGGUGCUGUGCAGCUGCCGGUCGGGGGAGCUGCCGCCAGUACGGGAGCUGGUCGAGGGCGCGCUGCUGAGCGCGCUGUCGCCGCGUCCCCGGGUGGUCCGCCGGCCGCAGGGUCUGCCUGCUGGACGGCGGCCACGAGCCGCAUAG